GUUUUGAUAACGGUUACGGUUUAGUUUUAGUCAUCAGUUAUCAACGGACGUUCAUCCGAUCUGUACUUUUUUUGUCAAACAAGUUUCCUUUUUAAUUUUUAGAUUUGUAUUUUCCAUCUUCCAACGUUUAUCGAACGAGAAUGACGAUGAAUCAACUUGUGAACAGGAUCAACGGUUAUUUCAAUGAGCCGAUGUUUACCGUCGCCGAACUUCAAAAGCCGUACCCAUCACUCGUUGGGACUUUUUUCCUUAAGCUGAUGGGAAACUUCGAAGUUGACACUGAUAACAUCAGAACGUUUCAAAUGCAAGAAUGCAACCCAGAAGAUUUGGAAAUAUUGUCCGAACUCAACUUAGUUGCUGCUAUACGCUAUAUAUUCCAGUUUUUAAAUUUUGGCCUUCUCGAUUUAUUGAACCCUGGUCAAAAGCGAACGGUCGACCUCAUACUUCAUUCCCUCGAAUUCUACAACUUCUGUGAUGAGCGCGUCAUGAAACUGGAAGACUGUGUUAUUGAGUACAGACAGGCGCAGGCAAGCAUAAUCGAAGCAAUGAAGCGCAAAGAUUUGAUAUCGCAAAAGCUGAAUGAAGUCGCUAUUGAAAAAGAUAGCAUACAACUAAAGAUGAAUUCGUUGCGCCAUGUUGCCAAAGAUAAAUCAAACACAGUCACCGAACUGGAGAGAGAGGUCAAGACAAUACGUUCGGAAGCAGAUAAACUGAAUGUAAUAGAGGAGAAAUUAGAUUCUAACAUUGCAACACUUGAAGCCCAACUAUUUGAGUUGAACACUGAAAUCAGCAAUUUGAGGAAUGAUGUUGUUGAUAAUCCUGAAGUGGAUCAAGACAAUUUAAAACAGAAGGAAGCUGAAAAAGAAAUAGUCCAACAGCAGAAAGAGGCAACUUGGGAAAAGUUGAAGAAAAAAUCUGAGGACAAGAAACAGCUGGCUGCCAUCACAUCGGCUUUCAAAUCCCUUUCGCAGCAUGCAGAUGUCACCACUCUGAUCAACAAUACAGUGAAAAAGCAGGAUCUGUUGAACACCCUCCUAGACCAGUUAUCAAAAUUACAAGCCAAGGAAGCCAAAGAGAAAGAAAUUGAGUCUUUAGACAUGAAAAUUAGCAGCGAAGAAAAAUCUCUAGAAGAAAUGAAAACAAGCAGCUACAAAAAGGAGUUGGAACUGUUGAAAUUGAUUGAAGAGAAUAAAAGGAUAUACAAUGAAGAGCUGGCCAAAGAGAAUAAAAACACGAAAACUUGGACCGAGACACAAGAAGAGUUUGAAAAGCUCAGCGAGGAAGAACAGCAACUCCAUGAGAAAUUUUCAUCCCAAUAUAAUACUUUCAUAAAAACCGUCGACACAUUGUCAUCAUCAAUUUUAAACUAAAUGCUUAUGAACUAUUCAAUUUUUUCUUUAAUGUACGUUGUAACUUUUGUAAAUA